AUGCUGUCAACUAUCUCAACAGAGGCCCUGAAGGACCCUGAAAUUGCAGAACUCUUCUCCGAAGAAGAUCCAGAGAAGCUCUUCACAGAUCUCAUAGAAGCUGGCUAUGGAAGCUUUGGAGCAGUGUACUCUGCACAAGAUGUGCGCAACAAUGAAGUGGUAGCUAUCAAGAAAUUAUCUUAUACUGGAAUAUGGUCUGCAAAGAGAUGGCAGGGUAUUAUUAAGGAAAUCAGGUUUCUACGAAUAUUAAAACAUCCCAACAUUGUAGAAUACAAAGGCUGCUAUUUACAUGAGCACACAGCAUGGCUUGUAAUGGAAUAUUGUAUAGGAUCUGCUUCAGAUUUUCUGAAAAUUCACAAAAAGCCAUUACGAGAAAUGGAAAUAGCAGCAAUUACACAUGGUGCUCUCCAGGGAUUAACCUACUUACAUGCUCAUAACAUGAUCCAUAGAGAUAUCAAAGCAGCAAAUAUCCUUCUGACAGAACAAGGCCGGGUGAAACUUGCUGACUUUGGAUUGGCUUCCAUGACCUCUCGUGCCAGUUCUUUUGUGGGAACGCCGUAUUGGAUGGCCCCAGAAGUAAUUUUAGCCAAGUUUGGAGAACUACAUUAUGGUGCCAAAGUAGAUGUGUGGUCUCUUGGAAUAACAUGUAUUGAACUAGCGGAAAUGAAGCCUCCUUUUUGGAAUAAUAGUUCAGUAAGUGUCUUCAGUCACAUCAUCAGAAGUGAAUCCCCUACACUACAGUCUACUGAAUGGUCUUAUUAUUUUCGACACUUUGUAGAUUCUUGCCUCCAGAAAAUCCCUGAAGAUCGCCCCACAUCACGGAAACUUUCAAAGCACAUGUUUGUUCAUCGGGAGCGCCCUAGAACAGUGUUAAAAGAUCUCAUUCAGAGGGCAACUGUCCUUUCCCAGGAGGCACCUAAUGAACCAGCAGUAGAAUCACAGAAAGACGAGGAACAAGAUCACUGUUCUGGAUUGAAAGGGACAGUGCAUAGUGUUAAACGUCAUCAGUCUGUUCCCAGUAUGUCCAGAGGGGCCAAUAGUCAAAGCAGUAGUGUUAACAGCUUUCCAGGUGCCUCAGAUGACAAGAGAGAGCUAGACAUGAUGGAGGGAGUCCACACAGUCAUGCCUAGUAGUUCUGUCACCCAUUUAAAACCCGUUACAAGGCAAAUGCAAGAACACGAGCCUAGAGAACAAAUGUCUUGUUACAUCGAAAUGAGCUGGCAACAUCGAAAAAAGCUGAUGACUCUGAAAAACAAGCUAAAGGCUGAGAUGGAUGAGCAUUGUCUCAGAUUAGAAAAAGAUUUUGAAACUCAGUGUAUGAAAUUUGCCGCAGAAAUGGAUAAACUUAACAAGAAACAUCAGAUUGCUAUGGGAAAAGAGGCUAAAGUGAUGUCCAAUGAAGAGAAAAAAUUUAAGCAACAUCUUCAGGCCCAACAGAAGAAAGAACUGAAUGGCUUUUUGAAGUCCCAGAAGAGGGAAUAUAAACUUCAAAAGAAACAGCUCAAGAAGGCGCUGAAUGAAAACCAGAGCACCCCAAGGAAAGAAAAACAGGAAUGGCUUUCAAAGCAGAUAGAGAACAUCCAGCAUUUCCAAGAAGAGGAAAAGACUGAUCUUCUUCAACAUCAGGGACAGUACCUAGGGCUGCAAUGCCGUCUCUUCCAAAGAAAGAUAAUACUUGGGUACUGUAACUUGGAGCAGGACCUUGUCAUGGAGGAAUUAAAUAAGAGGCAGACUCACAAGGUCUUGGAGCAUGCGAUGCUACUUCGACAUCAUGAAUCAAUGCAAGAACUGGAGUUCCGCCAGCUCAGCACAAUGCAGAAGAUGGGCUGUGAGCUGCUCAGAUUGCAGCAACAAGACGAGCUCACUAACCAGCUGGAGCAUAAUAAACGGAGAGAACAAGAACUAAGGCGAAAGCAUGUGAUGGAGAUUCGACAACAGUCGAGGAGUCUGAAGUCUAAAAAACUCCAAAUCAAAAAGCAGUUCCAGGACACCUGCAAAAUCCAAACCAGACAGUACAAAGCUUUAAGAAAUCGCUUACGGGAGACUACACCAAAGAGUGAGCGCAAAGCUGCUCUGAAACGACUUAAGGAGGAGCAUACCCAGAAAUUAGCCAUCUUAGCUGAGCAGUGUGACAACAGCAUUUGUGAAAUGCUCGCCACUCAAGGCCUGCGUUUGGAUGAAGCACAGGAGGCAGAGCGCCAGGUUUUGAAAAUGCAGCUGCAGCAGGAACUGGAGCUGUUGAAUGCACAUCAGAACAAAAUCAAGCUGCAGGCUGAGGUACAACAUGCUCAAGAGCUUCAGGAGCUUGAACAGAGGGUCUCCUCCCGCAGGGCACGCUUAGAACAACAGAUUGAAGAAGAGCUACUGACAUUUCAGAAUGAAUGCAGGGAACAAAUACGAAGCCUGCUGGAGCAUCGAGCAAGAAAAAUGAAAACUUUCAAUUUUGAAAGUGAGAUACUAGGUUUUAGUAACCUUGCCCCUGAGGCAUUCAGCCACAGCUCCUCCAGAGUUUCUGAUUGGCUUCACAAUCCAACUGGGGGUCCAGGACCUCACUCGGGGCAUCCCAUAGGUGGCCCACCACAAGUCUGCGGCCAUCCACUGCAAGGUGGGCCCAGUCAUGGAGAUCACCCUUCCGGGCCAAUGCAUUGGGUACCCCGAGGUAGCAGUAUGGGAGUUGGCAAUAGCUCUCAGGCUCUGAGGUGGACAGCUGCCGGCGGACAGACGGAACAGGGCAUGAGAUGAAGCACGAGUGUCACUUCACAGAUAUCCAGUGGGUCACACAUGUCUUACACGUAACUUAAUAACUGAGAAUGGCAAUUCCGCUGAGCUGUCCACCACAAGAAACCACCUACAGGCAUCAUCCCAGUAGCCUCCUCACUUGGGUACUACCAUGUGGAAGCUGAGUGCAUAUGGUAUAUUUUAUUCAUUUUUGUUAAGUGUUUGUUUUGUGUUUACUAAUUGGGAUGUCAUAGUAUUUAGCUGUUGGGUUUUGUGUUUUUUGUUUUUAACUUUUGGGGAAAUUUUAUGAAAAGGGGAAUUGGUGUGUAUGUGUAUUUAUCAAAUACGCAUGUACACACACACACACACAUACACAAUGCACGUAGUAAAAAUAAACUGGUUAGAUAGGGUAUUUUCUGAAAACUGCAAAAACAGAAUUCAGCAGUGGCUUGAGUCAUCAUCACCUUUGGGCAACUCUAUCCUAAGAAAUUUGUGAAAAGAUCUAAAGCCUUUCUCUGUAUACCCAACCCAGGUUCUUAUGAGCCACUCACAGCAGGCAGCAUAUGCUAAAACAAGUCACUAUGGAAACACCUGUAUCCCCUCACCAAUGUAUUUUGUUUAUUAAAUAAAUGUAUUUUGUCUGACUUUUAUUUAUUAAAUUGGCCUCAUUUGAAGUAGGAAAAAAGUGGAAAUCCAUGAACACUAAAGGGUUGCAUUGACUUUUUCAGAGAGUAGAAGACAACCUAAUUCUUUUCCUCAAUGCUGCAAGUUUGUCAGUGAUUUUUUUUUUGGUCCAUUCAAUUGUGCCUUCUUUGAGGCAUGGUGAGAUGGAAGUGC